AUGAUUCCCUCUCGUCAAGCAUUAUCAAUCUUUGGUGCUAUUACAAUUCUUGCCAAUCAAGCUCUCGCCGGCUCUCUUGUUAUGCAAUAUUGGGGCCAGAAUUCAGCCAAUGGAGCUUCCACUCAAAAACCAUUAGCCAGCUAUUGUGAUGGGUCGGCCGAUGUUAUAAUCAUGUCUUUUCUUUACCAAUUCAAUCUUGGUGGACUACCUGUUCUCAAUCUUGCCAAUGCUUGUACUGAGUUUUAUCCAGGAACUCAGCAGCUAAACUAUAUAAAUUCGUCGAUUUUAUUCAAUCCAGAUAUCAAGACAUGCCAAAGCAAAGGUGUCAAGAUUCUUUUGUCUCUUGGAGGUGCUUCAGGUGCUUACGGCUUCCAAAGCGAUGAUCAAGGCACUGCGUUUGCACAAACACUCUGGAAUCUCUUUGGCAAAGGAACUGCCUCUAAUAGGCCAUUUCAAGAUGCUGUUUUAGAUGGAUUUGAUCUUGACAUUGAAGGAGGAGGAUCUACUGGAUAUGCUACACUUGUGACUAGCCUUCGAACGCUGUUUAACUCGGACUCCUCAAAGACUUACAUGAUUACUGCAGCUCCUCAAUGUCCUUUUCCUGAUGCAAUGUUAGGAUCUGUAAUCAACGCAGUUGGGUUUGAUGUUAUCAAUGUUCAGUUCUACAAUAACUAUUGCUCCCCCACGAGCUCUAAUUUUAACUUUAAUGCUUGGGAUGCCUGGGCAAAGUCUACCUCUCCAAACAAGAAUGUUCAGAUAUUCUUAACCGUCCCCGGAUCUCCUAGUGCUGCUGGCAGUGGAUAUGUACCCUUUGUUCAAUUGAGCUCUAUUGUCAAGUCAGUGGCCUCUCAGUACUCUAGCUAUGGCGGUGUCAGUGUGUGGGAUGCUUCUCAAUCAUACAGCAACACCGAGGUUUCUCCUGAUUUUGCUCAUGCUCUUGCUCAGCUCGUUCAUGGUACUUCUGUAACAUCUCCUGGAGGUAAUAGCCCAACCACUAUCCCCGUUCCCACAACAACACCUACAAACACACAGUCUGCCUCUACAGCCCCAACAAGCUCUCCUUCUCCACCGGCUACUGGACCUCUUACUGGAACAUGUGUAACCAAUGGACAAUCUUGCUCUACUACUGGACAACUUACAUGCAGUGGCUCGGGCUAUGGUCUCUGCUCCAAUGGAAAAUGGUCUGUACAAAACUGUCCUCCAAAUACCCAAUGUUUCGCGACCACCGAUUCUUCUUCGGUGUACUGUGGUGCUGCUACGGGUACUAGUACCUGCUCAAAUGCUAUUGGAAUCAAAGGAAAUCCUUCAGGAUCAUCUGGUGUUUCUGUUCCCAAGCCUUACACAUCUGGUCAGGUCUCUGCCCAAGUUUCGGUGGCAUCUUCCAAUACAAGCAAUUUCACGUUUGUUAUCAAUGCUCGUCGUCUUAACACUAUGCCAUUCGGAUCCAAUAUUGUCGUCAAGUUCAAUAUAUCCCCAGGUCUUAACAUCACAGAGGUUGAGAAUGGUGUAUUCCAGCAGACUGGUAGUUUGGUCUCGAUCCAGAUCAAUAAUACCGAAAAACAGAGCAUGGCUAUUGUAUUCUCGGUCAGCGGUACUUUGUCCAACACCGUUUUCGUGGCUCCUAUUCCUAGUACCAUGACUUUCCAGACUUGA